GUUAUCGAUGUUUUAUCGAUUGAAUCAACUAAAAUAUAAUAUAUUCAAAUAUUACACCUUAAAUUGCAACUAUAUAACUAUAAAAAAUCUAUAACUAUAUAAGUAAAUGAAAAAUUUAAUUUGACUCAGCUCUCUUUAAAUGAGAUUGUGUUACUUGUUAAGAAAGUUCCACCCUAAUUUCGAUUCCCGAUAAUUUUUCUCUAAGAAUCAUCCCUUUAUCGAGUUGUCGACUAUCUGCCAUCUCUAAUUUGCGAACCAGCAGACUACUUUUGUGGAAUUAUUAUUAAAAUAAAUCUAUUUGCAAAAUGUUGGGCCGCAGCAGUGUGAUUGCACGCAACUUCUCCCAGUCGAUGGUCCGCUUCAGCGGUCAUGGCGGAGUUCCCGGCGAGAACCUGCCCUUCAGCCUGCAGAACAAGUACAGGAUCACCGCCCUGUUCACCAUCGGCUGUGUUUUGGGAUUCGGAUCUCCCUUCCUGAUCGUCAGGCACCAGCUGCUGAAGAAGUAAGGUGCUCCCCGAGGCGACAGCAACAACAAAUAUGUACCCUUAUUUGCUGCGGCAGCCCGGAGGCCAUUGCUUUGUGUUACAGCUUAAAUUUAAGUGAAAAGUGGAAGCUAAAUAAAGUUACCCUAUAACCGUGGUCCCAAAGAA